AUGAUUAGCUGCAAUAUCUUGGAACAGCCAUUCAAUGACGCACACACCAAUUCGUUAUCCAUCGCCAAGUGCCGUACGUCGGUUAGACUUGGUCGCCUUGGACCUGUCGCUAUUUACGGCACCCCAUUCAAAUACAUCCUCCACGAUUAUGGAACGUCCUUUGACUGCGGCCAGUGCAAUGACGAGAUGGAUCCCCCUCCCUCCUCUCCCCCUCUCAACUACGUUCAUCUCCUUGAUUCAGACAUCCUCGCAGGCACGAUGGAAAAGACUCAAUAUACCAUAACCCACCAGCCCCUCUCGCAGGCGUACAUGUCACCCACAUGUCCCCCUCCCGUAGACCAGCGCGCCUCGGGAUGCUGUAGCAAGAACAAAUGCCACGCCCAUCGUCUAAAGGUCCUUGUUCCUGCACUACUGAUGCUAUUGACACUCGCAUCCUUGGCCCUAUGGUUCUGGUGCUCAGAGAGCAUGAGCGACUUGGUCGUAGACGUCGGAUCCACGCUCUGGAAGCGCCAAAACGGAGGAUCAGCCCAAAACCAGGAUUCUCCUUUUGUGAGGAAUAAACGCAAGUGGAAUUCUCGUCCUUUACCAUUGUAUAUAGUUACUAAUGAUCGUCCUCCUUCAAAACAGUGUAUCUGA